AUGGCCCAUCUUCCAAAGGUUUAUGAGCAUGCGCACAAGCUGCAUCACUACCUGCACGGAACUAACGCGUUUGACGCACAUAUCUACGGGAACGGGAUGCCGGAGGAGUUCUUCUUCCUUGUCCUGGAGCUAUGUAUGGCAAUGUUUGCAGGAUUAACCCCUGCUACUUUAAACCGGACCAUCCUUCAGUACAGCGUGGAUAACAAGUUUGGACACACUCAGAAACCAGAGGACACAGCGGGAGAAAACUUUCAUGCAGAUCAUCAUCUUCUUCAUGUUAAGAAUUUUGGAAUUUAUAACUGCUUGAUGGAUAUGUACUUCUCCACAGCGAACUUUAAUGACAGGUACAAGGUGUCCCCCUCUCUCUACCACGGUGGUACACCGCUAAUAUAUGACGUGAAGAAGAUAACUGAGACUGAACAGGUUGUGUUUCAGUUCACCCCUGUUCAACGAUCAUCCACCAAAAAUUAAGUUAUAUAUUGUGUUUGUAUCCUAUUUGUACAAGAUUAAGACUAAUAUAAAAUAUCAAUGGUUUUGAAAAAAAGAA